UGCGCAGGGCGCGGCCUCUCCCCGCCGCCCGCCUGCGCCGGGUGCCGGCCUCGCGCGGCAGGGCGGGGCGGGUACGGCGCCCCCUGCAGGCGUGGCGGAAGGCGCCGUCCCGCCGGUCCCGGCCCGAGGCGUGAGGCGGUCUGCCCGCCCGGCGCUGCCUCCCCGCCCCGUCCCCGCCUUACUCGGAGGCCGGGGCACAAACGCUGCUGGCACCCAUAGAGUCGUCGUGCCAUGCUGUGCCGGGGGUCCCCUCUGGGUCCAAUGGCCGGGCAAUGGCCUCUGCUCACCGUGCUAGUAAUAUUUUAUAUUAGUGACUGCCCUGAAGAAAAAUGUAUAUAUGACUACCUGAUCAGAGCAACAGUUCUUUAGUAAUUUCAGCAGAUCUUCAGAUGUGGUUAGAUGUUCCUAACCGGAUAGACAGAAUACAGUCUGUGACAUCAGAGCAACACCAACCAUACUGUCUCAUGAAGGACAGGUCCUCCAGAGAGCACAAGCCACAGCAGCUGUCCACCCUUGCAAAGAACCUCUUCAUCAUGGCAUAUAAAGCAGCACAUUUGGCCUUUAAGUCGCGCUGGCACAAGACAGACGAAGAACUCUGUCGGCACAGUAUGUCCUUCAUCUUGCAUAAGGCGAUCCGAAACGACUUCUUUCAGAGUUACCUUUAUCUGCUGGAAAAGCUCCCCCUGGUGAAACUUUACGCUUUGACAAGUCAAGUUAUCAAUGGGGAGAUGCAGUUCUACGCCAGGGCCAAACACUUCUACCGGGAGGUGCCAGCCACAGAAGAGGGCAUGAUGGGAGACUACAUUGAGCUCUCCAAUACAGACAUUGAAUCCUCCAGGGAGUUUCUCAGGAGGUUUGUUGGGGGGGUGGGGAAAGCUGGCACCAACCGCGCCCUGGACUGCGGCUCUGGGAUAGGUCGUAUCAGCAAGCAUGUCCUGUUACCAGUUUUCAAGAGCGUGGAACUGGUGGAUAUGAUGGAGAAUUUCCUGGCUGAGGUUCCAAACUACCUGCAGGGCAAGGAGGACAGAGUAGAGAUGUAUUAUUGCAAAAGCCUCCAGGAAUUCACUCCAGCCCAACAAAGAUAUGAUGUCAUCUGGAUUCAGUGGGUUUCAGGAUAUCUGACAGAUAAAGAUCUCCUGGAGUUUCUCAUCCGGUGCCAGAGUGGCCUGAAGGAUAAUGGUGUUAUCAUUCUCAAGGACAAUGUAGCCAGGGAGGGCUGUAUCCUGGAUUGUCUGGAUAGUAGUGUGAUCCGAGACCUGAACAUCCUCCACAGCCUCAUUGAAAUGAGUGGACUCACCAUCCUACGAGAGGAGAGGCAGGAGGGAUUCCCUGAGCAGUGUGUCCCUGUCUGGAUGUUGGCCAUGCAGAAAGGCCCUGGCCAUUCCUGAUUGCAUAGUGAGACUGCAGAGACUGGACUAUGGAUGAACCACAGGACUGGGAAGGAGAAAAGCAUCUACUAGAAUCCUCCUAACCAUGCACUGCUACUACUAUAACUCUAGGGCAGCAACUCCUGAAGGAUCAGGAGAGAAUUACAAUUGAGCCAGCUUCAGGGAAUAGUCUGCUUCUAAAACCUGCCUGCUUCAUCAUUCUGUCCAUUUUUAAAAGCCUUUCUAACAGCUCCUUGUCAGAUCUCUCUUUGAUUAAGGAGUUAAUACUGGACAAAACUCAAAUAAUAGAAAAUAAUUGGGUCUGAAGUUUCUGUAGUGGCUAAUUCAUUUUGGAGUGUCCUGUAUGAGGUGUUAACAAAUCACCCUGGUUUUUGUCAUAGCACUUAAAUCUUCUUGGAAUUUAAGAAGGAUCUGUCAGAUCACUAAAGCAGGAAAUUCAAGUAACUUCUGGAAAAUCUAACCCAAAUUUUGACUGUCAUCACUAUCUGUACUUUAAAAUAUUUAAGCAAAAAAUGCAAGGAAGAUUUUAUCCAUUUGUUGGCAUCAGCUAUGCAGUUGGGUUUUUUUUGGUUUGGUUUUUUUUUUUCAUUUCUGUCAGUUUGGACAAUAAGACAACCUGGUUAAUUUUCCAUUUUUAGGAACUAUUUUAUCUUCCUGAUGUUUCUGCCAUAGAACAAUAGUGGUGUGUAAAGGUUUUCGCACUCCAGAGGAAAACUUAAAUGAUAAAUACAUGCAUGUUUGCAUUGAAAUUUUGUGAAAAGAUUGCCCCACAAAUUACAUUCUGGAAAAUAUUUUUUUCAAAAUGUUCACAGUGGAAACCACUUGAAAGCUUCUCUUUAUUAUUCAUACCACUGUAAAUUUCUUUCUUUCCCACAUUCAGAACGAGUCUGGCACCAUAUGCAGAGCUAAUGGGAUUUCAUGGGGUGUUAAUAGUAAGACUGUAAGAAGAACUAAUACAGUAUUGUAUUAAUUAACAACUGUACUAAACUGCAGAGGGUGUUAGCGUAACCCAAAAGCAUCUAUGAUUUAUAUUCAAACAGCAGCUGUAUAAGCCUGGAUCUGAAAAUACUAACACACAUACCAUCUCCUUAAGGCUCACAGAAAUUACAAAUUAAGCUUCUUGUCCUCUUCAUAUAGGUGCAGAAAGUACUGUGGGAGGACAGAAGUUCAUUUUGCAAAAACAUUCAGAAUUUGAAAUUCUGCUUCAUUCUGAAUGAGGACAACAAGGGAGAAUUUUGAAAUUCUUUAGGAAGGAAAACCACACAACCACAGACUUUUCCAAGUUGAUUAAAAUUUUUCAUUCAGACAAAAACAAAUGUUUAUUUUGCUUUGGACUUUUAAAAUAAUUUGCACUUAAAAUAUUAUUAAAUGCAGUAAAAAGCAAAUUAAAUAUGGCUUAUUCAAAAUUUUAGAAAUUAAUAAUGACGUUAGAAUGGACUGUUCUGACUCUGUCAGAAUUUUUAUCAUGUUUCAUUCCCCUGAAAUGCAAUUCUGGCAAAAUUUAGCAAACUUUUAAAAAGUUGCAUUAUGACAAACCUCCAUGUUCUGAUAGAAAGGGGUUCUAUAAAACAUCCUCCACAUGACUGUAGGCACAAUUGUCUGUGUCAAAUAUUGUCAUCUGUGUUAGAUUAACUCGCAUAGAAGCCUGAAGAUAACGAGAUCAGGGAACGUCUCAGCUGGAUUUUAGUAUAUUUUGCCAUCCUUUGAUAACAAAUCUCCAGUUUUGGUUUUAAUUGCACAACUCAUCUUCUCUAGCAAUAUGGUUGCACAUGUUGAGAAUUUCCAGUUUAUGGUGGAGGGCUUCCUGCCAUCAGAUCUUAUCCAGUAAUUGUUCUCUUAAUGUGCCAUCGCUAAUUGUAGCAUUAAGGAAAACAACCCUGGUGAUUUGGUGAAUAUUCUGGCAUUUCAUAUAGCUUAGAAACCUAUGGUUCCCAUGACACAGAUGCUUCUGGAAUGUUUUGGCUAAUUCUUCCAUUCUAAUCAACUGGUAAUGAAUGUAAAUUUAGUAUAUAACAUUGUUAAAAACCCUAGGUGAACACUUACAUUCUGGAAUUGUCCCCAGAACUAAGCGCUUCAAAUUCCCUUUUAGCCACUACAAUGCUUUCAUUCUGCCGAGGCUGCUAAAACUUGCUGUGGUCUUUGUGUGCAUAUGAGAAUGUGUAGAUAUCUGAAGGAAACACAGUCAUUUGUUUUACAGGAAAGAGGCAUCAGUCCUAUUGUUAGUAACACUGGUUAGGAAUAACAGGAGAAUAUUUAAAAGACCUUUACAUGGAUUACAAAUUAAUUUGUCCUUCACCUUUUUUCUUCCAGUCAGAGACAUCUGCCAUGGUGCAGAAUACUUGGGGACUGCUGGAGAUCCUAAUACAAUCAUGUCUGUGCCAGGAGUAUCUGAAUGGUGUUGGUCUCUACAAUGGUGAGAGAACAGCAUUGUGGAAAUAGGGAAGUAAACAACUUUAUACAAAUAAACAAUUUCAUAGAAAUCUAAACAGCUGCCACAUCUCACAGGGCAGAAUAUAUCAGCUGUUAACUUACACACCAGAGUGGGUGCUGUUCAGUAAUGAGAGACGUGGUUCCAAGAUGGAUAUAGAAUGUAAAGUGGUUUAGGAUAAAAGGUAGAAUAUAAAUGACUGGUAUUGUUAUCAGUGAAAUACAUUUUUCAAGGUAAAAAUGUUGUUGCCUUAUUUUGUACAUCUUUCCUAUUUGAAUUUCCAGAGUACAUAUACGUAAAAAUAUAAUGAAAAUUGGUUCCCUUAACUAUGUGAGAACAGAGACAAGUAAAAUCUUAAUUUAGUAGAAAACCCUAUAUUUCAUGGUUCCCACAUUCCUGGAAAUUAAUGUUUCAUGGCUGUGUUGCUUCCACAGUAAAAUAUUAAAGCUUUUCUGGUGACAUAAUGAACCCCAAGAGUAAAGAAACACAAGCCCUCCAGGGGCUUAAAUGCAUGAGAUUGCUGCAGACUGAAUAAUAUUUUGGUUUCCUCCUUUUCCAAAGUACAUUUUAAUUCAAGAACUCCCAGUCAACCAGUGUAGGCCACCCUUAAAUGUUCAUGAAUUUGGGUAAGGGCCAUUCUUGGCUUUAAAGUUCAGGGCUCUCUGGACUUUACCAUAGUAAAUAAUAAUAAUAAUAAUAAUGAAUCACAAAUUUCAAACAGAAGAUCUUGCUUAGAAAUCAUCUGUGUAUCAGUUGCUUUUUGGUGUUCAAAGACUGGAUAAUCAACUCAGUUGCUCUGCCUCAACUUUCAGGUUAUUUAAACCAUGUAUUUAAAGAAGUCUUUAGCUCAUCAGAUGCAGUGGGAGUUUGAAUCCCAUUUGUUUGGUGCUCAUUGAAGACUGGUUCCUGAUCUCAGCAUUACCAGUAAUUUAAUCCAAGAUCAAGACCCUGGUUGAGGCAAGGUUCACAGAACAUUCAGGAUCCUUCAAGCUGAAGCCCUCAUUCACCACUGACAGAUGAUUAGUGAAAUACCCAAUUAGUCUUUCAAUCAGAUGUUUCCCCCAGGCAACCACUACUCAAGUAAAUGCUUAGCAGAAGUGCAGUAGAGCCCACUUCUGCCAUGUCACCACCAAAGCUCUUGGCAAUGCUUGGUUUCCCCAUAUCAUGUCCAGUGCUUCUGUUCUGUGUGACUGAAGGCCAAGUAUUAUUUUUACUAUAUGAAUGUGAGCUUCCUUGCAAAAGAGAUCCUCAAGCCCUGACCGUAGCCCCCAAAUGCUACUGCAACCCAAACAAAAUGUAAGGAAGCAAUUAUUACAGCAGUCUGAACAGUGAUCCCAACUGUGCAGCUCCAGCAACCAUCAAAGCUCAAGCUGUUCGUGUUCUGAAGGCAACUCAGACAUUACAAAUGUCCUUUCAUUCCUAAUUGGAAGAGAGUGCCAUCAUUUUGAAACAUAUCACUGAAUGGAUGUUCUAAAAUAUUUUGUUUCAGAAAAUACUGAAAUGAUCAUAUCAAUUAUUUUUAGUUUGGCUUUCUUGUUUGGAUGUUUAUAUAAUCUAGUCUAAAUUGAUAUGUGAGAUGAUAAUAUAAUACAUUAUAUAGUAUUGUAAUAGUCAAAGUGAAACAUUAGUUUCCUACAGAAUACGCUAAUAAAAUCAGUACGUUCCCUGCCCCCAAAUUUAGUGAACCAAAUCAGCAAUUUCCAGAGGAAACAGUCAUUUCAAGAGGAACAGUCCUGUCAAGAAGUAUUUGCCCAAGCUCUUUUUCUCCAGACAUAUCCCAUCCAUUCAGGCAGCUUGCAGUGUGCCUGGUCUAGGUAGCAGCCACCUUAGGCUCUUUGACAGGCAAGAAGAAACUGGCACCUCCAGAGCAAUUCAGACCACCUCAGAGCUGAACUGGCUUGAAAUAAGAGAGUCUCCCCUCUCCCUGGUGGUUGUACAGUGGGAAUGAAAAUGCAUCCUUGUUAUAACCAAUUCAGCAUCUUCAUUGUUAAUGUCAAACGGAAGUGCAGUAUGAUCUGAGGAGCUGUGACUGUCAAAACCAGAAAAAGGCAUGGACUUGGAUAAGCAAACAUCGAUUAAAAAUCAAAGUCAUGGUAUUGAGACACUACAUUAAAGGGAGCGAUACAUCACUGCAUAAUGCUAACUGACAAAAGCUUUGCCAGUUAUUCCACUGAGUGCCCUCAGUACCUUAUGCCAUUCACUUGUUUUUUCCAUUCUCUUAAUCCAGGCUCCCCAGAGCGUUUACAAUGGCAUAUCAGACAGUAGGCCUGUCCAGAGGAACUUGACUGUUAUGUGUGAUUAAAACCAGUUGUGUUGCAUCCCAUCCCUCUUCUCUUUCUUUGAUGCUUCUUCCAACUUGCCAAGAAAAUCCCUCCUCCACUUGCCAAAAAUGAUUUGUUCUCUGUGGUCAUCAUCACAUCUCACUGAAGUAAAACAGAUUACCUUUGAUUUUAAGAGGAGGUAAUUCUGUUUAUCUAAGAGCAAUAACAACACACUGUAUUUCAAACAUACAGGUUAAUACCUGUCUCUUUCAAUUGUUGUCAAGUAAGCACUCCCAGACCUUUGUACCAAACAAAGCUCACGUUCUCCUCAUCACCAUAAAUAACAAUAUUUGUGUGACACUGUACAUCCCUAGACCUUGAAGCAUGUGUUACCAUUGUGUUUGGGAUGAGGAAACUGAGGCAUGGAAGGGUGAUCUGGGCCACAUUACAGCUUUUACCUAAGUGGUAGCUGCGAGUGAUUAACACCUCCACAAAUCAGGCCACUACAGGAACUACAGAGUGUUUUGCAGACAGACAUAAACUUACUCUGGUUGUGCUUGGAGCAGAUUGAAACAGCAUGGUUGUGGUUAGCCUGCUUAUUAGGCCAACCUAUGAUAUGUCCUGCAAAGAGAGGGCUCAGGCUGAACUUUGUGCUCAUGAACAUAAACAGCUUCUGUUCCUUUCAAAGCAUUGGAAGAACAACCUUGUGCAUGCCUGCAGCAAAAAUAAAGACAGAAAAUUGGUGGAAA